UGCGGGGGGCACGUGAUCGCGGCGUUGUGUAUAUUAUAAAAACGCUGAGUCUAGCUCGCGACGGACAAGAAAGAAGUUUGAAUUGUGAAAGUUUCCCUGUUCUUGUGUCAGAAGUUUGGUUAUACCGCACUCUUUACCUCUUUGUGUAUCAUAGUUAAGCUGGUCUCUCUGCUAUAGUGCCUGUAUUUUUAUGUUGGCCCUCUCCGCCCCCUACGUACUCGGCUCUCUAGCUCCUUCUUUUCUAGUGUAGGGCUGUGUCUGUGCUUUUCUUACCGUUUGUACUCUCUCCACGCAGGCCAGAACUCCAGCUAACUGUCUACAUUAUGAUGGCCGCGUCACGGGCACACCUACCACAAAUGCCGUCACACAUGGAUUCAAGACCACACACUCACCCGACCCUCUUGCCUCGCGGAGUCGCCGCCCCCGUCCGCCAACCCCACAGCAUACCCCACUCGUACAUCUCCCAAGGACCACCGAAAAGCCUCCAAUCAUCCUACCACAGUGCCCCGCCCUCUCUACAACAAUCACCUCCGAAAAGCUUACCCUCACGAACGCACCCCGUCCCUCGUCAAACUAGUGAAACCAGCGUAGCAUCUCUCGAGAAUGGCAGAUAUCGAUUGGGGGAGGUUCCCAGAUCGGAGCACCCCAACGAAGACAGACACUUUAUGCUAGAAGACGAAUACUGUAAAGUCUACGGUGUCUUUGACGGUCACGAUGGACCGCGUGCAGCCGGAUUCGCUUCAAACUUCUUCGUUCAGUACUUUAGCUCAGAGUCUUGGAAAGCCGUGAUAAGUUUGCCUCCCAAGGAACAGCGGGUACAGAUCCCUAUGGCACUAAGAGAAUUCUUUAUAGCUGCAGAGAAAGAGUUUUUUCAGAGUAUCGGUCGCUAUAUUGACGAGAGAAAACAACUUCAAAGAAUCAUACCUCAGAACAUGACUUCCUAUGAGGCGUAUCUCACCUACCCCGUCGAAGUCGCCAGGAUGCAAGAACUGGAACCAAAGAUCUCCGGCGGGUCCACAGUGGUCCUGGCGGUCGUCUGCGGGAGCACGCUCUACGUGGCCAACGUGGGCGACUCCCGCGCCGUCCUGGUCAACGAGAACGAGAAGGGGAUCCAGCAGGUGCUCCAGAUGAGCAUGGACCACGGCGUUGAGAACAUUGAUGAGUUGAAGAGACUGAUUGACCUGGGGCUGGACCGAGAGCAGCUCCAGCGCUCCGGACGGCUGGGUAGCCAGGAAAACACCCGCAGUAUCGGAGACUACUCCAUCAAGGACGGAUACAAGGACGUGGACACCCUACAGCAUUGCAAGGCACAGCCGGGUCUGUGUGAACCUUUCGUUGAGGUUAUCCCCAUAACACCACACUGCAAGUACAUCAUCCUGAUGACAGACGGAGUCUACAAGAGCAUCGAGGCGCCGUUUCUGCAAAAGGCUGGAAUCGAAACCAACAAGGUCCUCAUGACCACGGUGAACGAGGAAAGAGAUCAGCUCGUGGACCAAAAGAGAAGGUUCGAUGUUCUUGCCGAUCGUGUCCUCGGCGUAUCAGGCUAUUCACGAAGAUGCAUACAAGAACCACGCUGCACGAGAUAUCCGUUCACGGUGGGCCGUCGCAUGCCGCAAGAGGGACGAUAUGACACUACUCAUCCACCAGUUUGCCACAUAGGAGUCUAACACACAUCUCUAUCUUCCACACCCAUCAUGAGAGUGAAAUUUAUUAAAACCAUUUGUACCUGUGUGAUCGCUUUUUGCCUA